AUGACUUCCAAAACAUUCAGCGAGUCUAGAUCAAUACCAAUGGGAACUGGCUCAUUUCAGGCGCUUGUUCCUAGCAGGGUACAAAAAUCGACAUUGCUAUCUGGGUCAAUAUUUGACAACUCCAAGAUAGUCACGAUAAUUGCCGAAUACUUGCCAGUUCCUGAUUUAUGCAAUCUAGCACAAGUCUCGAAAAUUUGUAAAAAUGCUGUAUAUGCUCCAUAUUUGUGGCAGCAGCGGUUGGAAAAUGUGAAUGUACAUGCUGGUACAAGCAGUAGUACCAAUAAAAAUUCUGAUCCACUUACCAUAUUCGAUGGAUUUAAAUACAACCCCUCAGACACAAGAUCUAGCUGCUUGAAGUUAUACAGAGCGUUAGGAGUUUUUUAUUAUGAUUUGGUCAAUAAUCCAGAGACAUCGCAUGUUUUUAGUCAUGCAUUUACAGAUCCAGUCGAUCAAGCCAAACUUCUCGGUCAAUUGAAAAGGUUUUCUACUAUUGAUCCAAUACAGGAUGGUUAUGAUGAGAAUAUUAGCCGAUUAAACUCGACCAUCGAUUUGUUUGAAAAUGCUGCUUUAAGUGAAUUUGAAAAGGGAAUUGAUGAAAGCCAUGAUGCAGACAUUGAUUCCACUAAACUUGAGGCAGUUGUCGAACAUAUCAAGAAAUAUGCAAAUGUUCUAGUUACAUUAAAUGGAGGCGACUCGUGUGUUCAACUAUUUAUUCAAAAGCAUCCCCUUAUUAUGGACCAGCCAAAGAUACCGCCAUUGGACUUUCUAGAUGACUCCUUGAAACUGAAAUCUCAAGAGUUUCAGGGCUAUUUGCAAAAUAUUUGCAAUAUUCUCAACAGAGAUUCAAAAACAAUUGAUAUGAUUUUUUCAAACACAAUUGCUGUAAUGACACCACUCUUUGAAAGGGUUCUUGAGGAAAAUAUAAUGGAGACUGUAUCUACCAUCAUAGAUUCCUUAUUGCAUAAAUCAAAAUUCGCCUUCCUGGCUGCCGUUCCUGAAAUUUAUAGCUAUAUUUUGGUAUUUGAAGAUCAACUCGAACCAGGAAUUAAUAGUGGAGAUAAUUUUAAAAAGAUGGUAUCGACUUCUAUUGAUGAUUUUUAUUCUUUGUACAUUGACAAUUAUCUCGAAAAAGAAUUAGAAAGGUUUACCGAAUAUGCUGAAUCGGAGGUUUCGAAAUGGAGUCGAGAAAUUCAAGACACAGAAGAAGCUACAGAAAGCUUUCUAUGGAGCAAUGUCACCAAAGAAAAGGACAAGACCGAUUUUCUCACAUCUUUUAAAAAGGUUUUGCUCAUGCCUGUAUCUGUGAUCUCUUCGUCAUCAGGAAACGGCAACAAUAAUAACAACAACAAUGCAUCUUCAACAUACAAGUCAGAAAAUAUAUCAACUACGUCAUUGCCUGGGACAGUUCCACCUUCUUUUUCAUCAAAACUUACUAGUGCUCCGCCAUCACGCCAGUCAAUGACUUCAUCACCAGUGCCGUUCAGAACAACCCAGACUACUCCAAUCCCUCCCAGCUCUGAGUUAGAUGCGAUGGUAGCAGUGAUGAAUAGUAAACUAGAGUCUAUCAAGACGCUGUUUAGUCUUGAGUUGGCUGUGAAUAUAAUCCGAGAAGGCAAGGAAUCUAUCGAGCGCAUGGGCCGAUUUGUAAAUAUGGGAGGAGAAGGUACACAUGCAAAGAGCCAAUGCGAGGCUAUAUUUAUUGAACUGAUUCAUACUCUUGGUGAAAGACAUGUCAAAGGUGGAUUUUCCAAAGCUAUUCAGACUCUCAAUCUCUAUGAUCCGAAACAACACAGGAAAACGGUCACGGGCACAGAGGCCAAUGGCGAAGAACUUGCGGCCGUUGAACCGCUGGCUAUUUUUGCAGAGCUGGUCAAUAUAGGAGAUUUAAUCCAACAAAUGGUGCAUGUAUUUUUCGAAGAGGAGCUAGGUCUGAGAAGAUAUGUCGAUAGAAAUGAUUUUUUGUCUCCGUCAUUAAAAGCGAAGAAAAAGUUCGAACAGAUGCUGGACGACUGUGUCGCUAAUGGCCUCAGUAGGGGUAUUGAUGUGCUAAUUGAUCAAAUUGAUUUUCUAUUUGUUACUGUUCAACUUGGCAGUGAUUAUAAUCCAAUUGUUGGUUUACCUCAGAAUAAUGGAUUUGGUGGAGGCAUGUUUGGUGGACUGGGAAUGUCUGGUGACCUAGGACCCACUACAGCGGCCCAGAAAGUCGUGACCCUCUUAUCAUCUCAUAUGACUUUACUUGUUGGCUCAACUGAAAAAUCUGUUCUUGAUGUUUUCCAACAAGAAGUUGGAUUGAGGUUUUUUGGGUCGGUGUGUAAGCACAUUAAAAGACAGGUGAUCUCAACGGACGGAGCCAUCAACCUUAUCAGUGAUUUAAAUUAUUAUUACAGCUUUAUACUGGGAUUAAAACAAAAAGAGCUUGUACCGUAUUUUGCUGCUUUGAAAGAAGUCGGCCAACUGUUUCUCAUUGAUGGUGGUGAUUCUAAAGCGCUUGGUGCAACUUUAAGUGACAUGGUUAGAUUCCGAGGCGUGUUCAAACCUGAAGAGUUGCUGGAGUUUGUGGAAUGUCGUAAGGAUUGGACAUUAGUCCGGAGAGACGUUGAGAAAGUUAUGUACGGAUUUGGUAUAGACUGUGUCAUGAUGUAA